AUGUGGUCUGACCUCAAAGCUAGCUUGGCCAAAAAACCACCAGAUACUAGUUCUGCAGCCACACAGGAUGAGUAUUUUGUGGAAUUGCAGAGUAGAUUUGUUCAGUUAAUUAUACGUUUUCCUCUCUUCGCCGUUGAACAAAAAAUAGAGUUAGAAAUGUGGAAUGUUCUGUACAAAACACAAAUCAGCUCACUACAGUCUUUGUUACAUCAACGUUUAUCCGGAAUUGUAAAUAGCGGAUCUCCCAAAUGUUCUACUAUGGAACUUAAACUUCGACUGGUUUUAUUGUUAGAUCGUGCUUCAGGCAUUUAUUUCAAUCUCAUCUACCAAUUACUCCAACCAGUCUCAGAACUUCCAUGGCCUAAAGCGAUAUUAGGUAUCCUUGCUAGCGUUGAUGGCUUCUCAGAUUCAGAGAAUAAUCGUAAAGUGAAACAUAUUUCUGAUUAUCUUGAUUUGGAUUUGGCAACAUUCUCUGCUAACAGAGCAUACAGCAAAAGAAUGCGGCAUAUGGAAUCAAACAAAUUUCCAUCCACUUUACAAGAGUCAGAUACAAAUAUUAUUGCACCACGUAUACUAUCUAGAGGUGACCGACUUCCUUCAGAAGUUACCACAGUUACUUCAAGCAUAGAAGAUAGUAAAAUCAACGGUCAAAUUAUAAAAUCCCCUGAUGAAUUCGGAGAUGAAAGUAAGAAAGAGAAAACUGAAGUAAAUGCUAACCAAAGUUCUGAUCAUCAUUUGGAUCGAGAAGCAGCUGUUAUUUAUUUAGUGCAUCACUGUUUAGUUCAUCUUGGAGAUAUUGCUCGGUACCGUCAACAACCAAAUGUUGCCGCUGGUUAUUACCUUUGGUCGUGGGUUGUUCAUCCUGAUUCUGGCCAUUCUUUUAAUCAAUUAGCUAUUUUAGAAGCUACAAAGCCUUUACCUAGUAGAUCUAUGGAUGCUCUAUUCUAUUAUUAUAUACGUGCAUUGGCAUGUUUGCAUUCAUUUCCUGCUGCAAUGAAUAAUUUAUCAAAUAUAUUAUUGGACUAUUACAAAUCAUUUGAAUCAACUCUUGAUAAUAAUAAUCAUGAGAAACAACCACCUACCGAUUCAAUAAAUGAUGUAGUGUCAACUGCAAAACGUUGGCCAAAAUUUACCAAUCAACAAAUACAAACACUUAUACAAUUUUAUACAGCACUUUAUUUGCAUAAAGAUCCUGUUAAACUGAUCAAAAUGGCUGAUGAUCUUUUCGAAACUAUGAAUAAUUGGGAUAAAGUAGAAUUAGACAAAAAUCAAUUGAUACAUUUGGUGUGUAUUCAUUUCUAUUUAACGGAUCAUUAUUUAUCAGACACGAAAUCAAACCUAUCAUCAUUUGAAACAUCUAACGAAAAACCUUUUCUGCUGAAUGAAUAUCAAACAGGCACUGCUCUUCUUUUAUGUUUAACGAUUCAUUUAAUUAAUUGGAUUACUUCAAGUAUUAUAGUUGAUGAUAAGACAUUGAAAACAGUGUCAUCAAAUGAACAAGAUAUUUUAAAUAUUGUAUCAAAUGGUGAAACAACCACUGAUGUUAAUAAUAACGGAGAUUUUAAAAACAGUGAUACUUUUGUUGAUAACGAUAAUCAUAACGAUUCGAUCAGUAAUGAUGAGAAUCCUGUCGUACUUUCGUCUCCGACAACCGAAAUUCCCUAUACAUCUCAUGAUAACAAUAAUAUUAACAUAGAAACAUGCAAAUUACAACCAACAGUUGCAUUGAAUUUAUUAUUCCUUUGGUUUCGAUCAAAUCAUUUCACUAAAAUUACUGCAGGAAUUAAUAAAUCAUCUUAUCAAUUGACUGAUAAACUGUUUGUUCAAUUGUCAACUCCUAUAUUUACAAAGAAUACAGUGUACUUUUUAAAUAACUUACUUAAACACUAUCAACCCUUGUUACAUAAUCAUGAUGAUGAUGAUGAGCAAACACAACCUAUUGAUGUUGAUACACAUGUACAGCUUAUUAACAAUAACAUUGAAAACAUGAACAAUGCUGUAAACAGUGAAAUAAUAAUCGAUAGUGAUGUUGUUGAAGAAGAAUGUGAGAAUUGUACUUCCAGUGAAAGUCAUAUCAUCAAUGCCUCUGAUAAUAACAGUCAUGAUAGUGAAGCUGACAAUAUCACUCCGAUAGAUUGGAUUAGUUUAAUGAAAUUACCUGAAAUUGUCCUUCUACAAGGUUUUCAACCACUUCAUAUACCAACACAACGUUCAUUAUGUAGUAGUAGUUCAUCAAUAGAAUACAAUCCUGUAAAUCCUUUUCUUCUUGAUUUUUCUAUUAAUAAAUUUGAUGAAUUAAUUUGUUCAACUAAUGAAAAUAUACAUGAAAAGAAUAUUUCAAAAUCUUAUGAAAUCGGAUUGGAACGUAUCUUAUGCCUCUUAACAUCUGCUCGAUAUAUAGCUCAAAUAUUCCCAUCCUUGAUAAAUUGGGCUCCAAAUUCAAAAGAUGAAAAUUCAUAUUCCACACAAACAACUUCUGGUUCAUUCUGUUGCAGUAGUAGUAGUCAUUCACCAAACAAUUUAAAUGAAUUGUUCAGUGUACUUAACAAACCGACAACUAUGACUAUUACCAGUAAUAAUAAUGAAGAAGAAACUCAAUCAAAUAUAACAAUUGUAAAUAAUCUUGACGAGGGGCCUAAUCUACACGAGUCAACUAUUAUUCCUUCUAGCAACAAUGAACAAUUACUUCAUAUCAUCCCUACAACUACACAUCAUGAAACAAUGAAAGUUAACUUAAUAAAUAAUAACGCAAUCGAAUCACUGUCAUCAUCUUCAGAGGUUACUACUACUACAUCAAACGAUGUUGUUGUACCGUCAUCAUCAACAACAACAACAAUAUCAUCGUCAUCAUCAUCAUUACCUUCUUCAUUACUGUCUCAUGUUGGAACUUCUGGUGGACUUAUCAUGAAUGCAGAACUAGCUAAAUUUAUUCAAGAACAAGCUAGUCAGGUUGCAGCUAGACAACAACGAUCCAAUAUGUCUACAAAUUCCAUUAUUAAUGACAAUCAUCAACAACAAAUAGGGGGCUCCACCACUGGAGCACUUAUACCCUCUGCUGCUACUACUACUACUACUACCUGUGAAAAUUCCGAUGUUGGUUCUCUUGAUGGGAAUUCACUCUUGGGAGGAAAAACGUCUCUAUCAAGAUUAAGUUUAAGUGCAACAUUCAAACGAAAUCUACCACCAAGAUAUGCUAAAUUAUUACAAGCAAAAGAAUUACAAGAAAAAGAAACUUUGAAAAAUCGAUACAGUUAUCAAACUCAGAAUGAGCUAAAUUCAUCACUAUUACCAUAUGAUCAUCAACCUGCUCCAUUAGCACGUAAAGAAUCAGAAGCACCUACUGAUCUUAUUUAUUUAUUAUCAUCAUCUGAUGUAAUCAAUCCAAUUGGAUUACAUCUUCCUCAUGAACAAACUAUACAUCAGCAUCAUCAUCAACAACAGCAUCAACAGCAACAACAGCCUCAAUGGUUCUAA